AUGGCCCAUUUGAGAAAAUCGGUCAACAUGUAUUUUAAAAAAAUGAAUCCCAAUGUUGGGAAGUAUGCUGAUCAGGUUUGAAUUUUAUUUUCCAUUGUUUAAGAGUAUGGCAAUGCAUGUUAAUGAUUUUGAAACAAAGGAAGAUAAAAUUUAAACCAGGGAUAGAACGUAAGGAUUAUGCUUUUGAAGUUACGAUCUUAAUUAUAGAAAAUAUAAGGAAAAUUUUGUGACCCUACAACCCCACUACCCCCCAACCCCCUCCCUAUUCCCGGCUUACUGUAGUUUGCGAAACGAAAUGGAGCGAAACGAAAUGGAACGAAACGAAAUGGAACGAAACGAAAUGGAAAUCUGUAGUUUGCGAAAUGAAAAUCUGUAGUUUGCGAAAUGGAAAUCUGUAGUUUGCGAAAUGAGAAUUUGUAGUUUGCGAAAUGAAAAUCUGUAGUUUGCGAAAUGAAAAUCCUCUGGAGAACGAAGGAGAAGACGUCAACAAGAAACCGCGGAUGCAGAAGGAACAUCGCUUAGCACAGCGAAGGCAACGCCGACAGAUUCUGUAGUUUACGAAAUGAAAAUCUGUAGUUGUAGGAAAAAUGGCGGACUACUCGUAGUCUAUUCUCGUUGCGUCUACUCGGAUAUUCUAAACAGAAAAUUCCCCCAAAAAAGCUGUUUCGCCCAGAAAAAUUUAACUUAAGCUCAGGCUCAAGUUAAGCCCUGUCGGUCGGGGUUACGAACGGGAUGGGUGACCCACCGCGAAUAUCGUCUUAAAGGUCCAUACGUUGUUCUUUCUUUUCUUCUUCUUCUUUUUUGCGUAUUAUGUGGUGUUAUUGUUAACAGUGUAUUAAAAAGCAGAUUUAGCAUUAUUUCUGCGUCCGGAUUUAGGAAAAGAAAAAAAAAAAAAGAACAAAUAUGGCCCGGUGCAGUUCGCCCGAAAAUUAUUAUUCUUCGGGCCGUAAUACAGAGCUGGAACUUUGCAGACUUUGAUCUAUAUAUCGGCGGGGAAACCGGCAAACUAAGAAAUCUGGGUUUUCGACAGUGUAAAACGAUCAUAAUGCCUCUGAUUCCAAUCUCCUAUUCCUCUCAGUUCCUCUGUGUCUUGUUGUCGGCGUUGCCUUCGCUGUGCUAAGCGAUGUUCCUUCUGCUCCGUUGUUCCUUCCGUUGUUCACGCUGAAUUUGAAGUCGGCAUUCUCCAGAGGAUUUUCAUUUCGCAAACUACAGAUUUUCAUUUCGCAAACUACAAAUUCUCAUUUCGCAAACUACAGAUUUUCAUUUCGCAGACUACAGAUUUUCAUUUCGUUUCGUUUCAUUUCGUUUCGCUCCAUUUCGUUUCGCAAACUACAGUAAGCCCCUAUUCCCUUCAAUCAAUGGGGAAAUAGUGUGUUUUGGCCUUGACUCAGCUUAAAUUUAUCCUUGAAAUGCUACAGCCUUUGAAAUUUGGGCAUCGGAGAAUAAAGGGCAAAUUAAAGAUACCAGACACUAGCUACUCCAUUAACUCUCCUCUGCCUUUUUGGCUGGUAAGAUCAUGAGCUUUUUUUGAAGGAAGUAUGGGUAGUCAGUAGAAUUUUUAUCACAAUUUGAUGGUUAACUUUAUUACAUGUCCUUUUUGGGUUUUUAAGCAAUCUUUUGGGAUCAUUAUACGCUUCUGGGAAACUGCCCACAUACCCCUCCCCUGCGCAAACAUUUCGCCCUAAGUGAGAAGUAAGUGUUAAUGUUGGCUUAGGGGAGGGGUAGGUGGGCAGUUUCUUGGAAAUGUAAUAAUGAUCCAUCUUUUGGAGGUAUAGUUUGAAAGAUCUUGUCCCCUGCAGAAGGUAGGCUAAAAGUAUACCUUAGACUGAUGACAUCAGACUUUGGAGUACGGAAAAAGUGGAUCCACACAAGUGUUUGUGGGUGACUGAGAUGUAACAAGUGUUAAAUGACUAGAUCCUUCACUAUAAUUCUUUCCUGUAUUUAUGUUGUCUUUAAAGCUACCAGAACCACUGUCAUGCCCUUGAAGUAUUUACUCAGUUUAAUAAAAUAGAAAAAUGCUAAUUAAAAGAGGAUUAAGCUUUGAUUUAAAAGAUCCUUUGUUGUAUAGAUCAUGAUGGGGAAUACUUGAAACAUGGAUUGCAGUUGGCAAACGUAAAAUGGCUUGGCUAAAUUAGCUAAUCAGGUUAAUCUUUUCUUCAGAAUUAUAUGAAAGAAAGUAAGCUUGGACCAGGUAACAACCAACAGGGAAUAAUUAUGACUUCAGCAUGCAACCCUGCUCUGUUGCAUCCAAGAGAGGCACGUGCUGAGUUUCGAAAGAAUAAUUUGACCCACAUUUCCUGCAGCCAGUUUUGUGCUGGUUAUCUACAAGCUAACAUUGCAUGCUUGCCAUCCAACAUGGCAGAUGACUUUGAACUGUUAUGUGCUAAGAACAGUUGUGCAUUUCCUCAUCUCUACCGCAGUCAACCUGGAGAGGUGUCGGCCCCGCCUUUGGCCUCUGAUUCAGAUGUAAGGUAAGUGAAACUAUGAAAGACAUAUCGAUGUAGACACCAAGUUUAUUUGCCAGGUGAUAAAUAAAGUGUCAGUGCAACUGUAUGUGGAAGACAUGUUGAUGUAUACCGGUGCCCUCACCAAGGAUAUUAUUUUGCUAGGUACAAGUCAAGUUUCUGAUUUUUUCUCUCUUUUUUGGUUUUAGUACCCAUGCCCCCCCCCCCCCCUGAAAGGGUAACAUUCCCAUAAGGCAACCCUAUAAUGUGAAACUCAUGUAUAGCUCUUUAGUAAAAUCUAACUAGUGGUCUAUUAUCAAUGCUGCAUUCUGAUUGGUUGAGCCACUACUGGGUUAUAUGUUAUAGCCCCCCGGCAGCGCAAUGUGCCGGCUUUUUGGUGGCAAAAAAGGAUAAGUCUACCUUUAACUAGUUAAAGUUAUUUUUCUUGAUAUUUUUUGACCAACUAGUUGGAUUUUACUAAAACAAUAUUAUUAUUCCUCUCGCCCUCAUGGCCUCUGAGUCAAUAGCCCAUUUGGCCUUCAGUCUCAUAGGCUAUCGACUCAGAGCCCAUUUGGGCUCGAGCAAUAACUGUUAAAUAUACCUGACACCCCUGUGAAGCAGAUCAGUAAUGUGACACCCACACUCCUAUAAGGGUGGGUCACUCUUGCAAGGCCAAAAUCUCUGUUUAACUAACACUCCUGUAAGGCAGAUACCCUAAUAGUUUGGAUAUCCCACCCAUAUAAAACAGAUAAUCCUACAAUGAGACAGUGCACGCUGCAAGGCCGGCAAGACUGUUGAACCAACACCCAUACAAGGCAGAUACCCCUACAAAUUUUACAGUUAAACCUGUAUUAAGUGCUGCCUAUAAUUUAAUGGGUUACUUCUGCAAGGUCAGAAACUUUGUUAACCCAACACUCCUCUAAGGCAGAUAUCCUGAUUUGGUGGGCACCCAUGUCCUUCUUGUGACAGGGCAAACGCCUCUACAAUUAGUCAUUCCCACAAAGCCGACGUCUCUGUCAAACCAACACUCUUGGAUGGCAGAUCCCCCUUUACGGUGAUGGAUCUGGGGGAAGGGCCCAAGGGGCCAGGCACCCCCUUAUUUUUAGACCAAACUGAGGCCCAAAUGGUCGAAAAAUAUUUUUUGGAGACUGGGUCCCCCUCCUUAUCUCAGGGUCUGGACGACCAGCCCCCACCCCUAAUCUCAAGGUCUGGAUCUAGCACUGCUUUAUGUGGAGGUGAACGCCUCUUUUAGGUUGAUGCUAUGUUAACUUUAAGGGGGGGACAAUCGCUUAGGUUUCACUUCAUAAAAAAUGAAAUUCCCCCCCCCCCCCAAAAAAGUGUGAAAUGUUUGAACCUAAAUAAAUUGACCUUAUUCGCUGCCCUUUCUCCUUCUAACAAUUUUCAGUCUCUUUCCAAUGCAAAAAUCUAGUGUGAGUUAUGGUUUCCUCUAAUGCCAGCCAUCUCGUCUACACAGGCCAACCAAAAGGUCUCUGUGAUAUGUGUUGAUGACCAGUGGUACAAUGGCUUUAAUACGGAAAGGAGAUGAGUUUUUUCCUUUCUUUUUUAUACACUAUCUGUUUCAUCGCUUCCCUUUAAAUGCAGAAAGCGUUUGUGCCGUUUUUUUCGCUCUGGUAACUAGGCAGUCAGCUGUUUCUAGUAAGAUGGCAUUGAUGAGACCGGUAUUAUUUGGUGCCUGCCUGAUAGAAUCAGACGACUGACGAAUGCAGAGAUUCCAACCCUCCCGAUUUGAUCGGGAGUCUCCCGAUUUGAUCUCUUGCCUCCCGCUCUCCCGAUUUUUACCAAAUUCUCCCGAUUUAUUAUAAAAUUCUGAAAACUAGGAAAAAAUUGCUAAUCUUUAGAAUUUUUGGCGAUCUGUCACUGUGAAACACUCAUAUUAUACUUACUUUCUUCGUGAAAAGCAUUAUGGUAUGUUAUAACUCAGGCCGGAAUGAUGUCAAAAUUCAGGAAAUGGAACUUGAGAGAACCUAAAUUUGCAAAAUUUCCCGGGGGAGCAUGCCCCCAGCCCCCCCUAGAAGCUCGCGCCUUCGGCGCUAAUAAUUACUCCCUAUUUUCCAUCACAUGGGGUUGGAAUCUCUGCGAAUGUGUUCAAAGAAUGACGUGGAUUAAAUCUUAUCCAUUUGAUACAGCUGUCCGUCUUGUAGAGGUGUCUGGUAACUCAUGUUAAGAUAACCUUGACUGUACUCCAUCUAGCAAAUAACUGGCAAGAGUCGUUCUUUUUUCUUUCCUUUUCUAGAACUGACCUUCCACUGUACGCAAUCAGUGAAGAUGGAGUCCUAAUAAAGCACGCUACUGACCUGCUAGACAUUUUUUGGGAAGACAUUGUCACAUUCUACUUAACCUGAGAUCAGGCGUCUUUUUUUUUUUUUUUUGCUUUUUUGGCUCGAGAGGGAAAAAAAAUAACAGGCGUCUUUUUUUUUUUUUUUUUUUGCUUCUUUGGCUCGAGAGGGGAAAAAAAUAACGCCUGAUACAUUUAUUUAACAAGCAGUCAACCGCCCCCUAAUUUACAUGAUCUACCGUUUGCUUGACCUGUCAUGUUUUUAGCCAAUAAGCGUUUACCAAACGGGAAUCAAAUUUUGGCGCGAAUAAUGUCUCUUUUGAAAUCAUGAUCAGUUUUAGGGGAAAAAAAUUUUUUAAGUACGUCCGUGUUCAGAUGGCGCUUCGCAAAAAAUAAUAAAAAAAAAUUAAUGUGUUGUUUUUGUGAUGAAAUACUCUGGAGCUGUCGUACCUUUGUGAAUAGCUACAAAUAAUAAAGAAUUUACUGGUUAAAGCUCGUUGACUUCGUUCUGUACUACGAAAGCAGUGGAAAAAAAAUUAGGCUGAAGCACCAUAUUUCACGAACUGAAAGGUGUUGUGAAAGCGAAGAUCGCUCAGAAUAAUUCGCAGCAUGAUUUCUGAAGGAGGAAAUACAGUCAAACCAGGUCAAGAUUCCAUUCAUGAAUUGAUUAUUUGAAAAGUGAACCCGUUUGUCGCUUCUGUAACUUGUUGCCGGUAUCAAAUUGCAUUCAAAUGAUCGGUGAAGUUUUAACUGCAACUGUUUUGGUAUACGAUGAGCUGGUCAAUAUUUCAAUGGAUGAAACUUCUAUUUAGGCAUUCUUCAAAUUCAAGAAAACUGAGCGGGCAGAAAUUUCAUUUAUAACGAACUCGCGUGUGUAUUCACUGCUUAUUACGCAAGCAAAAAUGCAGACUGAAAUCAACAACAACUAACGGAUGGCGUCAUUUUGGCCAAUCGGAACAGCGCAAAUCAUCCGCAUUGUUUCCUAUCCAAUCAGAAAAAAGUCCAGAUUCUGGCAUUUUUACAUGUGAUCCGACAAAGAAAUGUAUCAUGCCCUCUUCCCGUGAGAGACAUAAAGGGAUAAUAGGGAGAGGUCAUGAUCUCAGGCUACAUUCUACUUUGGCUGCAAUUUUUCAUUUGACCACUUGCUUUGGGCCUCAAACGUACCAGUUCGACAUAUGAUGGAGAAAAGAGACCCUCCAACAUACACCUCAGAUAUCCCCUUCUUACCGCAAGGACCUUUCGCAGGGAACAUGGUGGUGUCGUUACGAACAAUACAACGGGAAUUCGUACAGAAAGUAGCGGAGGUCUGUACUCCCUUGGAUUUUGCUCAUGGCGCCCCUAUUCAUAUCGGGGAUCCUAAAAUUAUCGGGAUAGAGGACUUUUUACAUCCGCCUUUCGGUGACGGGCCAGUAGUUCGCGAAGAUGAUGUUUUUAUUUUCUGGGGCUGUGGAAUAUCAGCGACUGAAGUUGUCACGUCUGCAAGUAUGUUUUUGUCUUACUUUUUAAACCUUUUUUCGACAACUCAUGAAUAGUCAAUGGCGUGCAUAGUCUUUGAUUUAAAUCGGUUUUACAAUUGGUUUUUUAAACCCUGUCAAAAUUUUCGUCCUAGAGCCUCGCAUAGCUGUCACUUUAUCUCCCAGGUGCGUUGGUUCCUUAUUUAUUACAGAUCUACGAGUAAUGGAGUGUUACGAGGAACGCAAGAAGGAAUCUCAACAAAAUCAUCUAUCUCCCAAAGUGGUUUUUCUCUCCGAGUCACCGCAGUUCGCUUCGCUAGUCUCUCAACAAGCCAUCGAUCAAAUAACAGCGAAACGAAACGAGCUGAUAUCGCAAAUGCAAGAAUCGACAGAUGGUGUCAUGCAACCGACUGAUUCUCUUCUAAAAUCUGCGAUGUUCCUUUCCCAUGCGUCAUCAGUUGCUAUAGUUACGGAAGGAGUUAAAAUGAGGCAGCUUGAAGCAAUGGUUUGUCUUGCAAAAGCGCUUCUUGCUCAAGAAAAGGAAAUUACCAUCCUUACUUCGGAGAGCAUCGUUUCGGAGUGGAGGGCCUUUCUAAACAAAUGCGAAGCUAAAGGGAUUUUGCAAAAAUGCAUAUCAGUGACUUCACUAAAAGCACAUGCGGUUGUCCAGAGUUUAGGUCCCUGGUUCUUCUCCUCCAGCCUCAACUCGGUGGUUACAGUGAACGAAGAAGGUAUGUCAGAAACACUGUCAAUACCAGUACCUUUCUUUUUUUCUUCUUAAAUUAAAGCUAGUGUGUGUUACAUCAAACAAAUUCAGUCAAACCUGUAUUAAGUGGAGCCUAUAGUUGACUGAGCUCUUUAUACCCCGGUUCACCGUGUGAUAGAGUGGUAAAGACAAUAUUAAGUUAGGCCGCGAACUCAAUGAGACUUCAAGGAUCGGUUCAUGGAGGGUAGAGGCGUUAGAGAAAUCUAUACAGCCGGAAAAAAUGGCUGUUUUUUAUACUAAAGGAUGUCUAAGUUGCCUGGACGAGUUAAACGUCUGUCAAAAGCGACAUUAAGUUCGUCUUGAGUGAAAGACGUCUGUUCGUAUCAAUCAGACGCUUCCAGUCGUGAAACUUAGAAAAAUUAUCAUUUGUCGUGUUUGUUCGAAAAAUAGUGUUACAUACCGUAUGCAUGAUGACUUCACAAAACGUGUUUCUUCAAAUGGGGUGCAUUUGCACACUACUAAUGUGAAACCUUUUCGAUGUUAACAUGUUCUUAAUAUUAAUUUCUACGUAAUUCUUCCUUUUAAGGAUGUCUUCCUUCUAUAACUCCUCAGUAAGUGCUUUACUCAAUUUACGACUUCCAAUAACGCAUGAACAUGAUUUAAAAAGGGUUCUCGUAUACUUGAAAUCAAAAUCCACAUCAUCCUCUUCAUUUAAGCCUUAAUAGAAAUGAGUUAACUUGUGAAGAUUUCGACAUGAAUUUCAAAGCAUAGCACCCUUUAGCUGAUUUCUUCAGCCGUGGCAUUUUCAUUUUUCAGGGACGUUAGCUGUUCAAAACAUGUUGUCGAUGGGAGAGGAUAUCAGAGACGUUAACCAGAUCAACAUUGCUACACCAAAUGAAAACGCCUGCUGGCUCGACCCUAGCGUGGUUGCCAUGGCAACCUACAUUCUCCACACAUGUCCUAUUCACGGUCGGUAUGUGAGACGUGGUCGAGGAGAGCACAUCGUAAGACCUAAAGAAGAGUUUCUCCUUUCCCCAAAACAGGUACUGGAAAUUGCUCUUGGUAAAUAA